AUGCAGUCUUUUGUGAAGCAGAUGCCUUCUGGAGUUGCGCAGAAGUCAGCAGUCUUGAGUGCAGCGUUGUGUUUCAGUCCCCCUGCCAUCGCAGAUCUGAACAAGUAUGAAGCUGCAGCGGGUGGUGAAUUCGGGAAUGGAACAGCCCAGCAGUAUGGAGAAGCAGAUUUGAAAGGUCGCGAUUUCCAUGGCGAGGACUUGAGGCGCAGCAACUUCACAGCAGCUGAUUGCAGAAACUGCAACUUCAAGGACUCAAAUCUUCAGGGUGCAUACUUCAUUAAGAGCGUGGUACCCAAAGCCAACUUUGAGAAUGCGAAUCUGAGUGAUGUGCUCAUGGAUCGGGCGGUACUGAACGAAGCGAACCUCAGGAACGCGAACUUCCAGCGCGCAGUCUUGACAAGGAGUGACUUGGGCGGCGCGGACAUCAAUGGCACCGAUUUCACAAACGCUCUGCUCGACAAGACUCAGCAGAUAGCACUUUGCCGCUAUGCAGAUGGCACGAACACAGAGACUGGCGUGGAGACCAGGAAGAGCCUGGGUUGUGGAUCGAGGAGGAGAUUCAGGGAGUCCAGUCCGAGCAACCCAGAGGGACCGCAGGUUGCAGACGUUGACAAGAAGGCAUUUGUCAAAAGCAUGCCCAUCUACAGGCAAUGA